GAUUGUGUAUAUAAAUAGAGAGGUUACUUCUGCAAUAUUGGCCCAAAACUCCCCAAUUCCCACCAGAAGGCCUACGACCAACAUCGGAUUUUUUUCUCUAAAUCUAAAAUCACUUCCAGUGCUUGAAGAAAUGUUGAUGGGACACACAGAGGGUCUAUCUCAAUGCCAGCACUCGAAGGAUCAUCUUCUAUCCGAUCUGAUAUGUGAGUUGGAUAUUGAUGAAGCUGCAGAUUGCUCUGAACAGAUUCUGUAUGAAGCGUCUUUCAAGGAAUUUGGGAGAUACAGUGUUCAAUAUGACACUAUUAUAUGGCUUUCUAUAUCAUUGCUGCUGGUUUUAGCUUGGGGUUUUGGGAUAAUCAUGCUACUAUAUCUGCCAUAUAGGAGAUAUGUGCUUCAGAAGGAUUUUUCAUCGCGUAAAUUAUAUGUCACUCCUACAGAAAUAGUUUACAAGGUUUCAAGACCUUCAUUCAUACCUUUUUGGGGCACCACAAAAAUUGAGAAGCAUGUUCCUCUUUCCUUGGUGAUUGAUAUCAUUAUUGAACAAGGUUGCUUACAGUCAAUAUACGGAAUCCAUACCUUCAGAGUUGAAAACUUAGUACGUGGAAAAGCUUCUCCUGUUGAUGAUCUGCAGGUUCAAGGGAUUUCUAACCCAGGUCUCCUGAGAAAGAUAAUUGUAAGAGAAGCUUCAAAAGUCAUUCAAGAUUUUGGCAGGAGUUGGAAUAGAACUUCAAUAACUGCUGAAGGAGAUAGCAUCCUUGCUUCAAUAUCGAUGGAGGGACCAACUGUUUUAAAAUCUCCAUCAAGAGGGUUCAAGACUACCAGAUCAUCCCAUUAUGUGUCGAAGGAACACAGAAGUAUAUUGUCUCAGGAACUGCUACUUCAGAAGCUGGAAGAAGUCAAUAGAUCAGUCAAGAAAAUUGAGCAGCUUAUUACCCUAUCCAACCCCCAGAAGUCACCUGAGAAGAAACAUCAAACUGGUAUCUGAACCUAUUUUGUUAGUUCAAGGUUGUGUGGACAAGGGAAAAGAAAUGUGGAUGUGCACUCUGUAUGUAUAAGGUAGGAAAGUAGCUCUGUAAAGCAUGAUUUUCUUGGCAAGAAACACCGAUAUCUGGCCACUUGAGCAGUUUGUAUUUACUAUUAGUUUGAGUGACUCGAGUGAUAUGGGCUCAAUAUUUCGUUAUUUAGGCAUUAACUAGUGAAAAAAGCAAGUCACCCUCAUAUGCUGCAUGAAACAGAGAGGGAAAUGCAGGUUAGAAAGACCAUGACAAACAUGUUUAUGUUUGGGUAUAUAGUAUGAGCAACUAUUUUUUAGUAUUGAUUUAUAAAGUUGCGUAUGACAAGGAAUUUUUUUC